AUGUCAGACGUGGAGUACGUGGAGGCGCUGCUCAAGCACGCCAAGCUCGACAACUACCAGAUCGGGCUGACCAAGGUGUUCCUGCGGGCGGGGCAGAUGGCGCUGCUGCAGAGCAUGCGCCUGGACGCCAUGAACGAAGCUGCCAGGAAGAUUCAGCGCGUCACGCGGCACUUCCUCUUCAAUCGCCACCGCAGGCGCGCUGCCCUGCUCAUCCAGACGCACUGGCGAGGCCAUUGUGCACGCGUGUCGUACCAGCAGCUGCAGAGAGACGUGGCGGCUGUGGUGCUGCAGCUUGCUGUGCCCUCACUCCCAAACCUGCCUUCUCUUCCCCCCACUUCCUCCCCCUGCAUCUAUUCCCUUCUGUGCCCGUCCCUCCGUUUCGCCCCCCACCUCCUCUCCCAUCUCGAACGCCCAUGCUGCCAUGCAGGUCACUGUGCGCGCGCGGCCUACCAGCAGCUGCGGAGGGAAGUGGCGGCAACGGCCAUUCAGGCAGCAGAGAGGGGGCGGCAGCAGCGCCUGCGCUUCCUGCAGCUGCGCCACGCCGCCGUGGUGGUGCAGGCCGCUGUGCGCAUGCACCUCUGCCGCACCGCCUUCAUCAACACCCGCCGCCGCCUGGCUGCCACCCGCAUUCAGAGCACGUGGCGAGGGUACAUUCACAGGCGUCCAUGGAGGGCGCUCAAGCACGUGCUGGCGGGUAGAGUGGCGCGCCUCCGACUGCACAACCUCAAGCUGGAGGCGAGUCGGCAGGCGGAGUUGGCACCGCCGCGCAAGAAGACAGACGUGGCGAUCGACACCAUCCGCAUGAUGAUGCUCAGAGUGAUGCGGGAUAAGGCCGAAAAAAGCCGUGCAAGCUCAGAGCGCCAGCUGGCAGAGGUCCGUGCUGAGCUGGAGCGGACCAAGAAGGAGCUGGCAGGCAAGGCGCGUGAGGUGGUGCGGCUGGUGGGGCAGCUGGAGCAGGAGCAGCAGCGGGCAGAGCAGGCAGAGGAGCGGUUGGAGGAGCUGCUGAGAGAGCAGGACAGAGAGCGGGCGGAGGGGCGGGAGCGAGUGCUGCACGUGGCAUCUGUGGCCUCUCACAAAGCAGCAGCAGGCGGAGGAGGAGCAGCAGGUGGAGCAGGAGCAGCAGGGGCGCUGAGCAGCCUGCCUUCCUUCGGGGGGUCAGGCUUCUCUUCGUCCUCCUCGUCGCCCUCCGCUGCUGCGGCUGCCGUGGCUGCGCUGGCAGGGGGCGCGCUGGGAGGAGUGGUGGACAAGCAGGUGGCAUCGCAGCACAGUGGGGGAAGGGCGGGGGCACCAGGGGGCAACCUGGGGGUGCCGGAGGGGUCCAGGAUCCUCGCCAGGAUGGCGUCAAGAAGGCACCCCUCGCCGCACACGCCUGCCAAUCAUCCCACCGGCGGCAGGGGUGGCAUGGCGGCAGCAGCGGCGGCAGCGGUGGCGGCGAUGGACAGCGCAGCAGCAGCAGGGGCAGGGGCAGCAGCAGGGGGGGACGGCACUCACGACAGCGGGCACAGGGGCCAUGGCGGCGCGGAUGAUGGCCAUCAUCUGCCGAGCAUUCAGGAGUCGGCAUCACGGGAGGAGGGCGAGGAGAAGAAGGUCGUUGCUGUCAGCAGGACCAGCAGCGGCGGCAGCGGCACCGCAGAGUUUGGUGGCAGCAGCGUGGGGUUGAGGCACGUGCGGUUCCCCUCCCUUGGCCCGGAGGAGAGUGAGGCAGAGGCUGGGUACACGCGUGCCAGCACGCUGCCUGUGGGGAGGAGCAUGCUGCGGCAGCAGUCCAUGGUGAAGGCCCUCAAACCCGCUGCUACCGCUGAUGCUGCUGCAGGCUCUGGCGGCGCGACCGACGGUGCGGAUGCACGGCUGGCGAGGAUCCGACGGCUGCAGUCGUCCAACCCACGGAUGGGUGGAGGAGCAGGGGGGGAGGGUGGUGGCGGGCCGGGUGUGCCGCGGCCGCUGGUGUCGGCCAAGUCGCUGACCCGCGAGGAGGCCGUGCGCAUGCUGACGAGUGCACAGCGAGAUGCGGAGGAGGCUCAGAAGGUAAGCGAGGGACACACUGUGAGGGCGAAGGCUGCACAAGUCCGCAUGCUGGCGAGUGCUCAGAGGGAUGCGGAAGACGCUCAGAAGGUGAAGGGGGGACACAAUGUGAGUGAGAUUGGGCGGCACGACAGCCGCGGUGCUGAACCGGGAGGCGGUGCUGCGACGUUGUUUGGAACCAAUAUAACACCCCCUCUUCCCUCCCGCCUUCCCACCCAGCUGAAGGAGGAGAGGCGGCAGCUGCAGGUGCUGUACCGGGAGGCAGUGGCGGCAACAGAGGCGGCACUGGCAGCGGCAGCGGAGGAGCGCGGGCGGGUGGGCGAGCUGCAGCAGACAGUGGAGGGGAAGGACGAGGAGAUCCGCGAGCUCACCGACAAGAACCAAGAGCUGCAGCUCGCCCUCACCCUCAAGGCGCGGGAGGUGCGCACGCUCAGCCAGAGGCUGCUGGCGUCGCAGGCAGAGAGCGAGACGGAGGAGAUGCCCGUGGACAAGCAGCAGGAGCUGCUGCUGUCGGAGGUGGCGAGCAGCCGCUUCCCGUUCGGCCCGGAGGGGCAGCCGGUGGCGGCGUGCAUGGUGUACCGCGCGCUGCUGCAGUGGGGGGCGCUGGAGGCGGAGAAGACCAACACGUUCGACCGCAUCGUGGAGGCCUUCCAGCGCGGCUCCAACGACCCGCUGCUGCCCUCGCAGGCCUACUGGCUCACCAACCACGUCGUGCUCUACUAUCUGGUGCAGGUGGUGUACCAGCCGCCAGUGGAGCAGCCCGCGCAGGAGAGCUUCACCUUCUCCUUCUUCGGCAUGGCCUCUCGCCCCGCUGCUCCUCCCAAGGCAGCGGUGGAGAGGGUGGACGUGAUGCUGUUCAAGCAGCAGCUCGCCACGGGCACGGAGCGCCUCUUCGUCACCAUCAGGGACGCCGCCAAGGCGGAGCUCAGCAAGCACUUUGCGCUGCCCUCGCAGGAGGCGGCAGUGGAAGCAGAGGGCGACCCAGCAGCUGGCGACACGGUGGGAGGGAAGGCUGGCAAGGCGGGUGGGGGAGGGGGGAGGCGGCUGGCGCGAGCGAAGGCGAGGGCAGGGGGGCGAUCGGGGGCAGCGAUGGUGCGGAAGCACGUGGUGAACUACUGGGCGAAAGUGGUGGUCACUCUCAAGCAGGUGACGGCCACGCUGGCAGCGAAUCACGUGCCGGCGGUGGUGGUGGAUGCGCUGCUGCGGCAGCUGCUCUUCUUCGUCAACGUCAAGAUCGUCAACGGGCUAAUGGUGCGGGCACAGUGGUGUCCGUGCACGUACAGCAACGGGGAGCUGAUGGAGGAGGGGCUGGGGCGGCUGGAGCAGUGGGUGCACGACGUGGAGGUGCAGCUGCGGGACGCCAUGGGCGCCACCAAGGAGCCCCUCAAGCGCGAGCUGCGACACAUCCGACAGGCCAUCUACUUCCUCACGUUGGACCACAAGCCGCGGCGGUCGCUGGAGGAGAUAGAGGAGCUGUGCCCCGACCUGACGCUGAACCAGCUGGUGCACAUGUGCAUCUGGUACGAGGACGACGCGUACGGCACCAAGGGCGUCGACCCCUCCGUCACCGAGCGCAUGUGGGCGCUCAUGCUGGACGACUGCCCCAUGCUGCUGCGCGACGAUGAGAGCAUCCCCUUCACGGUGGACGACAUAGCCCUCGCCAUGCCCGCCAUGCACAUUGACCACUUGGAGCCGCCACCUGAGCUGCAGCACGACCCCGCCUUCCACUUCCUCCUGCCCUACAGCGCCAGCGCCACUGCCGCCGCCCCUCACACUGGCGCUCCUCUCCCCUCCACGCCCUCCAUGCCCGCUCCUGCCACCACCUCCGACCGCUCCAUCCACCUGCCGGUGCGCUCCGCCUCUGCCGCUGGCGACUACAGCUCCCCCGCCACCACGCCCCGUGCCGUCACCCCCUCCCCCGCACCCGAGGCACCAUCGUUUAGCGCCUGGGACCUGCUCAGAGGGGGCGCGUGGCGGCGCGCUGUGCAGCCCGAAUGA